UAUCUUUAGCCUCAAGAAUGGAAACUUAUUGCUCCCAUGUGCGCAUCCAACUGCUUCAGUCAACUUCUGAUGCACAAAGCAUAAGCAGUAAACAGAAAGAGCAAAGAAAAUUCAAAGAAAUGAUGAUUUAGUUGACGAACGAAUGCAUGGUGCUAAAUUAAUUGCUACAACUCAUUAUUAUAAUCAAUGGAACUUCCUUAUGAAUAUGUUGCCAGCUUUAUACAAUGUGUUUCUCACUUCUCUUUCUCUCUCUUUGUUGUUUUCAUCCUCCAAGUAACUCUACUCUCUCUCUUCCUCCAAGUAAAUCUGAUUAUGGACGAGUAGAGUCUGCUUCAUAUCUCUGGCAUUGAAGUCUAGAUCUUUUUCUAUAACUGUGUUGGGAUUUGUGUUUCUGUGUUUGGUCUUUGACCCUUUUUGUAGUACUUCCAUUGGUUCUCUCAUUAUCUCUGCUUUCUUUUUCCAUGGUUUAUAAUAAGUAGUAGUAGCCAUCUAAAACGGAUACCCAACCAAGAAAUUAUUUUAGUACUUUUCUUUCUGGGUCUUCGUUUUUUUUUUUUUUUUUUGAGUUUGGCAGAACCAUCAUGAUGGGUUAUCCUUCAAGACUCUAUCUUGUUUUGCUUUUGUCCAUUUGUGGGGUGGUUUCUUUAGCUUCCCCAAUUGAAGAUCAGAAGAGAGAUAGAAUUACUCAGCUUCCAGGGCAGCCAAAGAAUGUGGGAUUUGCUCAGUAUUCAGGUUAUGUGACUGUGAAUGAGCAAAGUGGAAGAUCACUUUUUUACUGGUUGGUGGAGGCACCAGUGAAGCGUGGACCAAAGUCAAGGCCACUAGUGUUGUGGCUCAAUGGUGGUCCAGGAUGUUCCUCUAUUGCUUAUGGUGCAUCUGAGGAAAUUGGUCCUUUUCACAUUAGGCCUGAUGGCAAGUCACUUUACUUGAACCCUUAUGCUUGGAACAAUUUGGCAAAUGUACUGUUCCUUGAUUCUCCUGCUGGUGUUGGUUUUUCAUAUUCCAAUAAGUCAACAGAUCUGUAUACAUUUGGUGACCAGAAAACAGCUGAAGAUGCAUAUACUUUUCUUGUUAAUUGGUUUGAAAGAUUUCCUCAAUAUAAGCAUAGAGAAUUCUACAUUGCUGGAGAAAGUUAUGCAGGUCACUAUGUUCCCCAGUUGGGUCAAAUUGUUUACGAGAAAAAUAAGGGAAUCAAGAAUCCAGUUAUAAAUUUUAAGGGAUUUAUGGUUGGUAAUGCUGUUACUGAUGAUUAUCAUGAUUAUAUUGGCACAUUUGAAUAUUGGUGGACCCAUGGUUUGGUUUCAGAUUCCACGUAUAGGAUGCUAAGAAUUGCCUGCAAUUUUGGUUCCUCUCAGCAUCCAUCAGUGCAAUGCAUGCAGGCUCUCAGAGUUGCAACUGUGGAGCAGGGAAACAUCGAUCCAUAUAGCGUUUAUACGCGGCCUUGUAACAAUACAGCAUCACUCAGACGCGGCUUGAAGGGGCGCUAUCCAUGGAUGUCUCGAGCAUAUGAUCCAUGUACUGAAAGGUAUUCUGAUUUGUAUUUCAACCGUCCAGAAGUUCAGAAGGCAUUUCAUGCCAAUGUAACUGGGAUUCCUUAUGCAUGGAAAGCUUGCAGUGAUAUUGUUGGGAACUAUUGGACUGAUUCUCCAUUAUCUAUGCUUCCUAUAUAUCGAGAACUUAUUAGUGCUGGUCUCCGAAUAUGGGUCUACAGUGGAGACACUGAUGCAGUGGUUCCAAUGACUGCUACUCGAUAUUCAAUUGAUGCCUUGAAGCUACCUACCAUCAUCAAUUGGUACCCUUGGUAUGAUAAUGGCAAGGUUGGUGGGUGGAGUCAAGUUUAUAAAGGGUUGACAUUGGUUACAGUAAGAGGAGCUGGACAUGAGGUUCCUCUUCAUAGGCCCCGCCAAGCAUUCAUUCUUUUUAGGUCAUUCUUGGAAAACAAGUCCAUGCCAUCCACAAGUUAGAGACAUUUGUUCAUUAUCACUUGAUGAAUAUUCUUCACACAAGUAUAGGACCAUAAGUACCACCAUUCUUGCUCCUAGGCUAAGAAUAAUUGCAAUUCAUAUAUAUACAUAUGGAACAAGCCGAGACAGAAUAAGGAAUUCAAUCCUCAUGAGUUCACUCUUGGUUCUCUGCCUGGAAAAUUGAUAAAUUUACCGAUAGUAGUUCUACUACUUCUAUUUGUUUGUUACUGAAAAUAUGAUUAUUUGUAUGAAGUGUUAUUCUUUAUAUGGUUUUUCCAUUGUGCAAGACAAUGGCAUAUCUUGUAUAUUCAGAGGAUCUUGGCCUCCAAUUAAUAACGAUCUCUUGUAUCUUUGUACAAGAUCAUUACUACUAGUUAGUGCAUGUUUGGAUUAAAACUUGUAAACUUAAAUGAAUUUUAUUUUGCAAAAGCAACUUUGA